UCUCUCCGAGAAAAUUUAGCAGACGACGAGAAGAAGAAAAUUAGAAAAAUGGAAUGCAGAAAACACAACCACCAUGGCAACAAAGGAGUUUGCCCUUCUUGUUUACGAGAUAAACUCUCUCGACUACCUAAUACGACGUCGUACUACGUCAUCCACCGAUCCGAUGAUCGAUCUGCUUCUUCCACAACCGUUUCGUCUUCUCCGUCGUCUCCGGCGGUGAAGGAUCAUCGGAGAGCUGGUUCGAUGUCGAUGUCUUUCGCUGUGAGGGAAGCGUUGAGUGGUAAUCUGAUUGAAGCUUUAGGUGGAGGGUUGAAGAAAAGCAGAUCUAUGGCGCAUGUUCCCAGGGAUUACAAUAUUGUUAGGGAUUCGAAGAAGAAGACCAAGGAGAAGUUGAAAUCUACUACGGUGAAGAAGACUGGGUUUUGGACUAAGUUGCUUCACCUGAAAGGCAAAGGCGGUGCUGCUGCCGACGUCGGUGGAUUGGUUACUAAUUCACGGCAACGAGUUUAUUAAAUUGACCCAAUUUUAGUUUUUUUUUUCCUUCUGAAAUUUUAUUUUUGAUGUGUACAGUUACAGAUAAAGAUAUUAAAAAUGGUGGAAAAUGAUGAAAGUGAUUUUCUGAUAAUAUGUAUGAAUUUUUUUUUUUAUA